AUGGCCUCCCAGGCUGCGGGCGCCGCAGGUCAGCAGCAGGCCGCCCCGACGCGCUGGGUGACCAUCGUGCAGCCCCUGUCUUGGCCCGUCGUGCCGCCUGCGGUCCCCCAGCCGAGCCGCGUGAAGGAAGACCUGCUGGAGCUGAUGAUGCUGCAGAACGCGCAGAUGCAGCAGCUUCUGUUCAGCCGCCUGGUGGCCGCAACGCUGCAGCCCUGUAGCCGGCAGGUCUACCUGGAGCCGCAGCCGGAGGGCUUCCUGGAGCAGGAGGUGGUUGCUUCAGAACCGGAGGAGGAGCCUUGGGUGUUCCACCACCACUACUUGCCCUGCCCCCUGCCCCCGGCAGGCCUGCUGCCCUCCUUGCCGGUCCCUUUGCCAUCCCCUCCCCCUCAGUGGCAGAACACAGUCAGGAUUCAGGACCGUCCUCCUGCCCUUGGGAAAAGGAGGGUGACAGCUGUGCCCCCGCCCCCACCUCCCAGUGCAACAGGCACUGUGGGUCCAGACGUGCCCCCCGCUUCAGAUUUCUACGAUGCCGAGAGCCUCUAG